AAGAGACACAAUGUCACACCAAACGGGUAUUCAAGCGGGUAACGAUGUGAAGGACAUCUUCGCCGGUGCCCGGAGCGGCGACCAAUAUCGAGUCUUAAAGAUGGUCAUCGAUGGUGAGCAGCUGACGAUGGACACUACCAGGAAAGCAUCGAAGAAGUGGGACGCCGAGUAUGAUUCCUUGGUGCUGCCCCUCCUGCAGGACGACAUGCCCUGCUACAUCCUCUACCGGCUGGACUCCUCCAACAACCAGGGCUAUGAGUGGAUCUUCCUGGCCUGGUCGCCGGACGUCUCCGCUGUGCGACAUAAAAUGUUAUAUGCUGCGACCAGAGCCACGGUGAAGAAAGAGUUUGGAGGGGGGCACAUUAAGGACGAGAUUUUCGGUACCUCAAAGGAUGAAAUGACUCUCGUGGGAUACAGGAAAUAUCUGGCCUCGCAGGCUGCUCCCCUGCCUCUCACUGCAGCAGAGGAGGAACUGAGAAAGAUGAAGCUAAGCGAGGUGCAGACGGACAUCAGCGUGGACACCAAGCAGCAGACUCUGCAGGGAGUGGCCUUCCCCGUUCACAAGGACGCAAUCGCAGCGCUCGAGCGCUUUAGGGACAAAAGAAUCAAUUACGUUCAACUGGAAGUGGAUGCUCAACAGGAACUGAUUCGGCUGUGCAACACUGAGUCAACAGAGGUGAAAGACCUGCCAAUGAGAAUCCCUAAAGAAUCUCCACGUUACCACUUCUUCCUCUACAAACAUUCCCACGAAGGCGACUACUUGCAGUCCACAGUAUUCAUUUAUUCUAUGCCCGGGUACAACUGUAGCAUCCGAGAGAGGAUGCUGUACUCCAGCUGCAAAAAUCCCCUGGUCGACAUGGUGGAGAAUACUCUCCAGAUUGAGAUUGAGAAAAAGUUGGAGAUCGACAAUGGGGAUGAUUUGACCAGCGACUUCCUGUACGAGGAGGUGCAUCCCAAGCAGCAUGCACACAAGCAGGCCUUCGCCAAGCCCAAAGGCCCCGGGAAGAGGGGGGGCCGCCGCAUCACCCAACCACCGGCAGAGGAAGAUUAAACCGACCGAGCGCCGCCUCCACCCCUGGCACGUUCCACAGUGGAGCAUUCCUGCGAUUGUGGGUGGGGAGGGGAGAGGAGGAGGGGGGGGGGGGGUCGUAUUUGACACGCUUGCUUAAAAGAAUAAGAUGACCACUUAAAAUUGCCACAAAGUUCCCCAGAGAGCCAACUAUGCACGCCAAGGACAACUGAGCAAUGACACACUUCAGAAACUCCAUUUGUAGCUUGCCAAAUGGAAGCCUGCGUCUGUAUGUUAGCAGUCACAAGAACGAAAGAGUCCCAAACAGAGUUGAGCUUAAGGGUUCGACGUUGUUGCCAGCUCUGAGACUUUAAAAGGUUUCAGAGUGACUAAUGUGAAUUUGCGCCAAUAUGAUAAAAUCCCCAAUUUUUGCGUUCACGCGCUCAAAUACUUAACGUGCAUUCCUUAAGUCUGUCAAUUAAUGUUUGUGUGUAACAUGUUGAACAUUUGUCUCCUGCUGUUUUCUCAACGCGGUGCUUCAAAGCAGAACAGCUGUAAUCCUCCACUCGCGUCUAUUGAUUCAUUUUAACAGUACAUUUUAUAUUGGAAAAUUGACUUCUUUUUUGAUAUAACUGUGGUUUACAUGAAGAAAAAAAAAAUCAUCUGCUGAGGAAACUUAUUUUUCUAUGCAAGUGC